GUUUACUGCAGAUCCUGGGACUCCUCUAACCGGACUUUCUUCUCCAGUUUACCCAGCAGAGGAGGAAGUUGAAGCGGGGCGGCUGAGCCUCUGUGCUGCGUCACCGCCGACUCUCAAACUUCGACAAAACCUCCAUAUUUCUUUUUCUCGCCUUCUUCUUUUUGUAUUUUUUCUCUUUCUCUCGGUCCCGGGUUCAGUGUAGAGGAGUCUGAACUGACCCGCUCAACAUGUCUCUCCGGACACACAAGACGACCACCACCUCCUACCGGACGGUGAGCGCGGCCGCCCCGGAGCAGGUGACCGGCUCGGUCAUCUCCACCAGGUCGGUGUCGCCGCUGCCUGUCGCUCAGAACGGCGCCUACGAGACGGUUCGGUACCUUGUCCCGAUGCAGCAGCCGGUGCAGCAGCAGUCCUACAUGCUCAUGCCUCAGCCAAUGAUGCAGCCGAUGAUGCAGUGUGUUUCCCCGGUUUACCUGCAGUCUGUGUCCGGAAUGAGCGUCAGCAGCCAGUCCGACUCUGACCUGCUCUACCUGCAGCAGCAGCAGCAGCAUUCGACCAUGGAGAGCUCCAGCAGGAAGUCUUCGUCUGUGUUCAGCCAGUUGUCCAGUCCUAUCAAGAGUCCUGAGCUAGAGGAGGAGGAAGAGGAAGAGGAAGAGGAAGAAGAUGAUGCAGUGGAGGUGGAAGAGGUGGAGAUCGUCAACGUCAUUCAGCACAAGCAGUCGAUCGAGAGGACCACGAGGACGGAGGUGCAGUCCGAGCUGAAGGAGACGCCACAACCGGCCAAGAUGGACACGCGCUACUUUGGCGAGCUGCUGGCCGACGUCUACAGGAAGAACUGCGACAUCCACUCCUGCAUCGCCGAGCACGUGACCAAGAUCCGCGGACCGAAACACCAGCUGGAUCAGAGCAGUGAAUUCAAGAUGGAAAAAGACGAGGUGGAGGCUUUGAUUCCUAAAGGAACCACGGAACUGACCAAACAACAGAUUCGAUACCUGCUGCAGACUCGUCUCAUCGCAGACAGGAGCAUGCGUCUGCUUCUCUCCACCUUCAGCAGCCUGAGGGAGGAGCUGCUGCACAUGUCUGAGGACCUGCGGCGUCUGGAGAGUGAGAAGGAGUCUUUGGAGAGAGAUCUGGCUUUCAAGGCCGACCAGGCCCUGCAGUACGACAGCCUCCUGGAGGCCGUGCGAGAGAACAACAGGCAGCUCCAGGUGUCCCUGAAGGAAACCAGCUCCACGCAGCGCACUCUCGAGAGCAAACUGAUGAGCAGCCGCAACACGGACUCCAACCGCGAGUUCAAGAUCAAAGAGCAGGAGGGAAGAAUGCGAGCGCUGGAGAAGGAGAACGAGAUGCUCCGACAGAAGCUGGCAGGACAAGGCAACAGCACCACGCUGCACCUGAAGACGGAGGAGCUGUCGCGUCAGUACAACGAUCAGCUCAAGUCCAUCCGAGAAGAAAAAGACCAGGAGAUACAGAGGCUGAGGACGCAGAUCACGCGAAUCCAGACGGAGGUGAGGACGGAGAGGACGUCGUCCUCCUCCUCGUCAGAGAGGAGUCUCCAGCUGAAGAUCUCAGAGCUGCUCGCUAUGUUGGAGCAGCGGCAGACGACCAUCACCCGGCAGGAGGAGGAGAUCAAGAAGCUGAUGCAGGAGAGAAACGACAGCAGCAGCAGCUCCUCCAACGUCACCAAGACCAUCAUCACCAAGAGGUACAGGAACCAGUACCCGAUCCUGGGUCUGCUCAGUGACGACUACCAGUACCAGGUCAACUCCCCCGUGAAAGAGGACAAGACCAUCGUCAUCGAGAGAAGCGGACAGAUAAGCAAAAUAUAGGGAUGAUUGGACGACGAGAAGACACGGAUGUCGCCUCCCCUCUUACAUUCCCACAAUCCCGUGCAUGUUUGAUGCCCAUCCCCUUCCUCAUCCUCAAGGCUUCCAGGGACGGUGGUGGUUUGCUUCAGAUUUUUUGCUUUGACCGAAUUGGCCUUGUUUAAGGGUGACUGUUUAUUUUUGCUGUUGUUUGGGCUUUUUUAUAGAUAGAAAAGGGGGAAAAUAUAAAUAAAAUAAUAAUUAUUAUAACACUAAUAAUAAUAAUAAUUCUUAUUAUAAGACCAAAUCUUUUCACACAGUGACACAGUUGUGUGAUGGAUUAAGGUGACGUGACGUAGCCGAUACGACAACUGACAACUUUUUAUCGCCUUCGCUUUUUUUUUUAUUAUAAACUAAAAGUUUUAAGUGUCCAAGAAACUUGAGAAAGUCCAAUUUUAAUUUAUUACCAGUGGUUCCCAAAGACUGGGUCGGGAACCACAGAUGGGGACAUGGGAGAUUUUUUGGUGGUCCCUGAAUAAAUUUGUAAAGAUUUGUUUGGAUAAGUUUUAAAGUUGACUAAACAUCUCUUGGGAAUGAUUUGAGGUGUUGACGAGUCGCCGCGUCAUAUCUGACUGACGUUGUGAUUUGAGAGAAAGUUUUGGGAAACACUUCGCUUCACACUUACACUGAAAAACACAGCAAAUAGGGUUUAAUGGCGUCACUCAUCGAACACUGGAAUAUUCCAAACUGGAGCAGCUCAUGAGAUGCAUUCAAUGGCUCUGGUAAAUGUCUGCGAGAUAGGCAGCAGCAAGUAAACUCUGAAACGUGGUCACUUCUGCAAACUAAAGGCGUGCUGCUGCUGUCUCCUUGUGACAAUAGGAGUAGAAAGAUGCGUUUUUAUAUUUGCAAUUUAAUAUAUAUAUAUAUAUGUUAAGAAAAGGCACAGAAACUAAUGGACUUUUUUUAUAAUUGAGCGAAUAAUCAAAUCCUCAUGCUCAUCCCCUGAAAUGAUCUCCUCCUUUAGCCCGGGGGAACGAGGGAGUGCUCCCUUCGCAUGUAAAUAUUUACAUACAGUACGUAUAAUUAUAUAUUUUAGUGGCGAAAAUAAUUUUUUAUUUUGUUUGGGUAUUUUUUUUUUUUGCUGCGUAACUCUUUUUGUUUUUUGUUUUUUUGUUAAACGUGUCAGUCUGACAUCGGAGGUGCAGAAGAACGUGGCGUUCACACGUCGCUCUGACGUUGUUUGUGUACGACAGCCGUGAUCUGGUGUGUCUCGCGUCCAUGAGGUGGGACUUCCAGGUGGGGGCGGGGAUUAGAGGCGAGUGUUUGGAGCUAUGGACCUGGAUUAAUGUUGGAUUAUUAAUGGUGGAAGUUAAGGCACAAUAUUCCUUCAGCUGUAUCGUGAGUCUUGUUUUAGAUUUAACCCGAUUGUCAUUGUUCAGGCUUCAUCGCCACAGGGCGCGAGUUUGAAACUGCCGAUUCGUAACGUAACUGCAGGUCGGAGGUGAAUAGAUUUUACUUUCCACUGAGGCUACACACUUUGUCUAGAGCCUAGAAAAACCUUUGACUUUGUUGAGCAGUGCAGACUUAAAAUAGAAGGUGGACAACAUGAAGCCAAUCCAUCUUGAUUGCCCCCUGGUGGCUGGUUGUAGUGUAUGCCAUUAAACUAGCAUCCUACGUGUUAGUGGACGGUAUAUCCGCCAAUCAAAAGUCAAAUCAGUGCAUAGAUAUCGCUGUUUUCUGCAAUUUUUAAUUGUUCUGGAAAGUUAUUUUGUUAUUUCAUGCUGGUACAACGCAAGUAAACCUCAUAUUUUCUCGAAGCAGGACCUAAACAUCAAGACGGAGGCAUAUGUUCACUAAGAUUUGAUACAAUGGACAAAAUAUCCGGGAUUAGAUACAAGAUUAACUGUGUCUUUCCUGACUUUACUGCUGUGUGAUGAUGUAGCAUUUACCGUUUUCUUAUUCAAUUUAAAUGGAAAUGACAGAAAUGUUGGCAGCUGUGGUGUUUAUGUGGUGUUUAUCGUUCCUCCCUAAUCCGCUAAUCUGCAGCAGUGACAGAACAGAGCCACCCUGUGGACACAAGUCGUGUUUCUGUUGGAAGAAUGUCAAAAAAUAUUGUGAAUGUUAACACUCAAGUGCCUCAUAGUGUUCGUCAUGUUAAUGUAAGGCCAUAACAAAAUCAAUUCUGUUGCAUGAAAAAUGCCACCAGAAGCUAAAGUUAACAAAACGAAUUUGUGCGCUAAUCUGCUGAAAUGUCAACGUUUAUUUUCGUAUGCAGAUUUUUCUUUCACGUUCUAGUCCGACAGAAUUCGACUGAUUCGGCCUGAGAAAUGUUUGAGCUGUGACAUCGUCAUUAAAACCAGUGAAGUGUCUUUGUAAA